GUUCUCGCUUAUACAAAAAUAACCCGCAAUACAAUUUUGUUGGUUAAUUAUUUCAUUUGACUUCGCGAUUCGCGAAGCGCACGUAUUUUGUCAUUCGGAAAAUAUUACUUUUGCCCAAGUUAAUGCAAACCGAAAUGAAAAUAAAUUAAUUAUUUGCUUUUCUGGCCAAGCACAAGCCAAGAUGUCGUCUAAAUUUCAUCAGGCCGCUAAUGUUACGGCUCAAAACCAGCUUGUACAAUGGAUCAACGAAGCUGGUAUGAGCGAAGGUGGCAAAAAAACUGCCCUGUUGAGGAAGAUUAUAGAGCUACUGCUCCAUUCUGCCUCACAAAUGAUACCGGUCUACAUGGAGAAUAUCUUGAGUUACGUUAACGAUAAGUCUACUGACGUGAAGAAACAAGUUAUCACAUUUAUUGAAGAAAUGAGCAAACUACAUCCCGAGUAUCUACCAAAAGUUAUUGGACAGCUUCGGCUACUUGUAGCGGACACCGUAAUCGCAGUGCAGAAGCGAGCCAUCCAGGCCGCUAGUAUAGUCUACAGAAACACGCUGCUGUGGAUAUGCAAGACCGAUGCGGAGAUGUCCGAAAUGCAGUACGUCUGGGAUAACCUUACUCAACUAAAGCUCAUGGUUCUAAAUAUGAUAGACAGCGAUAACGAAGGUAUCAGGACUCACUCCAUCAAGUUCCUGGAGGAGGUGGUCUUGCUGCAGAGCCCUGGUGAGGGCACGGAGGAUGACUUCAGCCUCGAGAGCUUCCCGGCCACUCUGCCUUUUAUAAAUAGAAAAGCUAUUGAAGAAGAAUCAGAACAUAUUUUUGACUUGCUAGUCAAGUUCCACAAUUCUCAACACAUUUCUAGCGUGAAUUUGAUGGCUUGUAUGACAACACUAUGUCUACUGGCCAAAUUCAGGCCCAAAUACAUGCCACGAGUCAUACAAGCUCUAGGCGAUCUGCACACGACCCUGCCGCCUACGCUAUCACAGUCACAAGUUAACUCAGUCAGAAAACACCUGAAGAUGUUACUCAUUAACAUUAUAAAGCAUCCCUCUUCAAACGAGAUGAUGCCCCAACUCACUCAACUGUUGGUUGAUAUAGGCAUGACCACUCAGGAAAUAAACAAGGUUAUACCUAAAGAACGAAGAAACAAACGCGUAGGUGAAUUGAAAUCUGGAGAAAUUCCAUCUAAAAGAUUCAGGGUAGAUUCCCCACAAAGUGUCAGUCAGGGAAGCGACAGCAAUAGCAAUAGUCGCAGCGACUUUAACAUGUUCGAAGAGGACAGCAGUCAAGGUGCACAAAAACCAGCAGUCACUGAAGACACUAUCUACGAGGGACUGAACAACGUUGAGAAUGUCGUCAAUCUCGUUACGACUACAUUAGUCAAUCAACUACCGGUCGACAUGCCUUCUAAUUUCGUUACUGCUUAUAAGCCUAUACCGAAUUCGGGUAGCAAAGUUCAAAAGAAGCAUUUGGCUAAAAUGAUGCUGGCGCUUAUAAAAGACGAGGCGGUCAUUCCAGUGCCCCCGCCCUCACAACCCACGCUGUCUGACUUGGCUGCGAAAAUUCCGCUGCUCAGAGAUGACGACGAAAAGACCACCCUCAAAAACGCAGUGGCAAAGUUACAAGAAUCCACGAAAGCAGACAGACAAAUGGAGAGUGCUGUUUCUAAACUCAUGGAGGAAACACGACAAGAGCAUCUGAAGGAGGAAGAGAGAAAAGCCAAAGAGAAGGAAAAACCUGUUCCUCCACCCACACCGUCAGUCCCGAAGCUCAAGCAAAAGGUCAAAUUGUUGAAACUGCAGGAAAUAACCCGUCCUAUCCCCAAAGAAAUAAAGGAGAGAUUAAUGAUACAGGCUGUGAACAGAAUUUUGCACGCAGAAAAGGAGAGCGCGAUAGGCGGCGCGGCGCAAAUAAGGGCGAAAUUCAUAACGAUUUUUGCAUCAAGUUACACGCCAGAGAUAAGGGAAUUGGUUCUGAAUUACAUUUUGGAAGAUCCUGCAAACAGAAUAGAGUUAGCAUUAUCUUGGUUGUACGAGGAGUAUGCUUUCAUGCAGGGCUUCAAUCGUCAUCCAGUGACAUUGCAGCCGAAAUUACACGAGAAGCACGAUCAGAAUUACAAUCAGUUGCUGUGCGCUUUGAUCACUCAAAUAUCAGAGAGAGGGGAUCCUACUAUGGAGAAUAGCAAGGAUGUACUGCUCAGAAAAAUAUACGCGGAAGCACCUGUGAUAACGAGUGAAGCUGUGGACUACCUCAAACAUUUGGUUAGCGAGGACAAAGUGGCGUUCCUAGCGCUUGAAAUAUUGGAGGAGUUGUGCAUAAUGAGGCCGCCGCGCUCGCAUAAAUUCAUGAAUUCUUUGGUUUGCCAUGUUUUGAACGAAAACAUCGAGAUCCGAGACGCAACUCUAAAAUCGGUCGUGAAGAUUUACCAAUGCGGUACAGAGGCAGCCAAGAAAGUCAUUGAGAAGCAUGCUCUCCUAUACCUCGGGUUUAUUUCGCUGUCCAGUCCGCCGCCCGAGCUGGUGUCUGCAAGGCACCAUGGGCUGAGGGUGCCGUGGAACGAUGAGAUGGUGAAGGUCUGCCUGAGUUUGGUUAUGGCUCUGUUCCCGUAUAAUGAGGAACUAAUAAUAGAAGUGGCUCGCGUAUACGGUUGCGCGGGCUCUGAAGCCAAACGCGUGGUCCUACGAGUGGUGGAGGGUCCGGUACGGGCGGCUCUCGCGACGCCGAAUCCUGAUGGCGGGGACUCCGCCCUACGUCCCGCCUUCAGAGACCUACUGGAUGAAUGCCCGAGAGGAGCUGAGACGCUGUUGACCAGGCUGGUGCAUAUAUUCACGGAGAAAUCGGCGCCGAGCGCGGAGCUAGUGUCGCGUGUACGGGAACUGUACGCGACGCGAGUGUCGGACGUGCGCUUCCUCAUCCCCGUGCUCACCGGACUCUCCAAGAAGGAGAUAUUAGCAGCUUUACCAAAACUAAUAAAAUUAAACCCGGUGGUCGUGAAAGAAGUCUUCAACAAGUUGCUUGGCUUGCAGAAUCCUAACGAAGAGUCACCAGUCGACCCAGUGGAACUGAUGAUCGCUCUCCACCUGAUUGAUCCGAGCAAAGCCGACUUGAAGUACAUAAUUAAGGCCACUGCCUUAUGUUUCGGCGAAAAACAGACUUAUACACAAGAUGUGCUGUCAGCGGUCCUGCAGCGGCUGGCCGAAGAGAAUGAGAUCCCGGUGCUGAUGAUGCGUUCUGUCCUGCAAGCGCUCACACUUUACCCCGCGCUGGCGCCCCUCGUGCUGAACAUCCUGCAGCUGCUGGUGGAGAAGGAGGUGUGGCUGAACAAAGUGGCGUGGGAGGGCUGGGUGAAGUGCUGCGAGCGUCUACUCCCGCAAGCCUGCUUCUUACUAGUGUCGCUGCCGGCGCGCGCGCUGCAGGCCGCGUCGCCCGCGCUAUUAGCAGCGUUGCGCGCGCACGCAGCGGGCCUGUCGCCGGCCGAGCGGGCGUUGUUGCCGCCUCAUGUUGCUAGGUUGGAGCGUGCUUCCUCAAGCAUGCUGCGGCAAGCGUGCUUCUUACUAGUGUCGCUGCCGGCGCGCGCGCUGCAGGCCGCGUCGCCCGCGCUACUGGCCGCGUUACGCGCGCACGCGGCGGGCCUGUCGCCGGCCGAGCGGGCGUUAUUGCCGCCGCACGUGGCACGAUUAGAGGUAAACACAAUCAUGUGUUGCGAGCGUCUGCUUCCUCAAGCAUGCUUUCACAAGCGUGCUUCCUCAAGCAUGCUGCCGCAAGCCUGCUUCUUGUUAGUGUCGCUGCCGGCGCGCGCGCUGCAGACCGCGUCGCCCGCGCUAUUGGCCGCGUUACGCGCUCACGCUGCUGGCCUGUCGCCGGCCGAGCGCGCGUUAUUGCCGCCUCACGUGGCACGAUUAGAGCGUGCUUCCUCAAGCAUGCUGCCGCAAGCGUGCUUCUUACUUGUGUCGCUGCCGGCGCGCGCGCUGCAGGCCGCGUCGCCCGCGCUAUUAACAGCGUUGCGCGCGCACGCUGCUGGCCUGUCGCCGGCCGAGCGGGCGUUAUUGCCGCCCCACGUGGCACGAUUAGAGCGUGCUUCCUCAAGCAUGCUGCCGCAAGCGUGCUUCUUACUUGUGUCGCUGCCGGCGCGCGCGCUGCAGGCCGCGUCGCCCGCGCUAUUAGCAGCGUUGCGCGCGCACGCUGCGGGCCUGUCGCCGGCCGAGCGGGCGUUAUUGCCGCCCCACGUGGCACGAUUAGAGUGUCUCUGA